CCAUUUUCAUUCAUGAUCAAUUUCAUAUUGUUUUCUUUGUCUAUCUUUCUUCCUCUUAAUGAAUGCUUCGUUAUUGCAAGUUCGUGGUCUAUGGAUUGACGUGCGAUUCUUCGUAGCAAGUGAAAAUCAGAACGAUCCUGAAGCCAACAAAACCUUGGUUCCUAUUCAUAUUGUUACUCAUGCAUCUCAACUCCCUAACGAAUUUGUUGAUCCAUCACCUGAAAAGCCUCUGGUAGUUGGCUUUGAUUGUGAAGGUGUCAGCCUGUGUUGCCAUGGAAGUCUUUGUAUCAUGCAGAUUGCAUUUCCAGAUGCUAUAUAUCUGGUUGAUGCUGUUCAGGGAGGAGAGGAACUUGUGAAAGUCUGUAAGCCUGCCCUUGAGUCCACAUAUGUCACGAAAGUUAUUCAUGAUUGUAAACGAGAUAGUGAGGCAUUGUACUUUCAGUUUGGUAUUAAGUUGAACAACGUUAUUGAUACACAGAUUGCAUAUUCACUUAUAGAGGAGCAAGAGGGAUGGACAAAGACGCCAGAUAACUAUAUCUCCUUUGUUGGUCUUCUUGCAGAUUCACGUUAUUGUGGUGUAUCAUAUGUGGAGAAGGAAGAGGUCCGCCUCCUACUUAGGCAGGACCCGAAGUUUUGGACCUAUAGACCAUUGUCUGAAUUGAUGGUCCGUGCAGCUGCUGAUGAUGUACGCUUUCUGCUUUACAUCUAUCACAAGUUGAUGGAGAAAUUGAAUCAUCAAUCGCUGUGGUACCUCGCAGUGCGUGGUGCUUUGUACUGCCGGUGUUUCUGCAUCAGUGAUAAUGGAUAUGCUGACUGGCCUCCCCUCCCUUCUGUUCCAGAUAACCUUGUAGUAGAGGGCAAAGCUCCUGAGGAAGAAAUUCUUUCAGUCUUAGACAUUCCCCGUGGAAUGAUGGGUCGCGUAAUUGGUAGGAGAGGAGCCUCAAUUUUGGCAAUAAAGGAAUCUUGCAAGGCGGAAAUUCUCGUUGGCGGCGCUAAGGGCCCACCGGACAAGGUUUUCGUCAUUGGACCCGUGAGGCAGGUAAGGAAGGCAGAAGCUAUGAUACGAGGAAGCUUGCUUGAAAUAUGAUUGAAUGAAUAUGAAAACCGUGUUGUGAUGAACAUGAACGCAAAAUCCUCAAUAUUAAGAAUACAGUUUCAGCUGCUAAUACUAGUAGAUCCCGUAUGGAGGGGAUUACUUUACAUACUUCACAAUCUUUUGUAUAGGUACAGUAGCUUUGAGAAGCAAAUUUUAUGUGAAAAAUAUUAUCAAAUCAAAAUA